AGUAUAGUUUCAACAAACGCCGGUCAAGUCACGAACGGUCAUCUACCUCUCAGGAUGGAUUCCUAGGGAUCUGACAUCAAGAAGUUCUCUGCAUCAUCUUCGGCAAAUACCCACAGCGUGACAGCGUGUUGCUAUGCUAUUGCGCAAGCGCUUAUAAUGACUUGAAGGGGUACUUAAACCCACGUAUUACACCAGCGGAAGGCAAGUCAUCCAAGACAACCUUUCAACCACUUUCAAUCAUGAAGCUCGUCUUAACAGGUGUCACUGGUGCUGCUGGUAUCCAGAUCUUUCGUCAAGCAGUAUUGGAUGCAGCUAUCACGAAGAUCACGGUGCUCUCUCGUAGAGCACUCCCAUCAUGGAUGGAUAUACCCGAAAACGACAAGACAGAAGUCAUAGUUCUGAAAGACUUCUUGGAUUACCCUAGUGAUCUCCCUGCUCGUCUGGCAGGGCAUGACGCUUGCAUUUGGGCACUGGGAAAGAGUUCAGUAGGCCUGUCAGACGAAGAAUAUACUCGCAUCACAUACGACUACACCACGCACUUUGUGGACUCCCUGCAAGAAGCAGGGACGAAGGACAAAACGGGAGAGCCUUUCAGAUUUGUUUUUGUUUCAGGAGAGGGCGCAGAUCCAUCUGGCAAGAGUAAUGUCAAGUUUGCGAGAAUCAAGGGCAUGACUGAAAAAGCUCUCUUUGAUCUCCCUCCGUCCUCCAACAUCAAUGCAUCUGUCAUGCGGCCUGGUUACUUCUUCCCUUUCAAAGCGUCAGACCGAGAGAACAUUCGUUCACGAACAGCAAGGUCUAUGGAUUGCCUCAUGACGCCCAUCAUGAAGACCAUCCUACCCUCCAUGUAUAUACCGAUCGAGGACCUCGGGCUUUUCGCCGUAGAGGCAGCUAAGGGCCGAUGGUCAGAUGAGAAGUUAUUUCCAAACUCAAGAAUGAGGGAGUUGAUCAAGGCAUCGCGCACUCUGGAAAACCAGCAGUGAACAACACUGGCAAUCAGAAGACUGCAUACAUAUCAUAUCCUACAUCAUAUAUUAUUACAUAGCUGGAGUUUCCU